AUGAACGGCGACCAGAUCAGGAACUCCUUCAUACAGUUUUUCGAGAGCAAGGGGCACCAGCACAUGCCCUCGGCGUCGCUCAUUCCCGCCGGAGACCCCACGCUGCUGUUCACCAGUGCCGGGAUGGUGCCGUUCAAGCCGUUCUUCAUGGGCGAACAGACUCCUCCCUCCAGGCGUCUCACCAGCAGCCAGAAGAGCUUCCGCACCACCGACAUCGACGAGGUGGGCGACCAUAAGCACCUCACCUUCUUCGAAAUGCUGGGCAACUUCAGCAUCGGAGAUUACUUCAAAGAGGGUGCGGUAGCUUUCGCGUGGGAACUGGUGACCCAGCUCUUCGGACUCUCGCCUGACCGCCUCUACGUUACCAUCCACCUGGACGAUGACGAGGCUUUCGGUAUCUGGCACGACCAGAUCGGCGUGCCCGCAGACCGCAUAUAUCGCUACGGCGACAAGGACAACUGGUGGGGGGCCGGCCGGCACUGA